UCUGUCGGCAGGACAGGUUCUGGUCUCGCACACCCCGAGGAAAGACUGUAACUUGGAGAUGACAUGACAAUGGUACCUGUUCAAAACGCGGAGGAGCCUGGCCAGCUGUGCCAGAAAAUGAGAGAGACCGAGAGUGACGGCAACAACAGCCCGAGAGGCGCUCGGCCGCAGCUUCCCGCUCCAAGAGGAUGUGGAAUGUUUACUUUCCUCUCAUCUGUUACUGCUGCUGUCAGUGGACUCCUGGUGGGUUAUGAACUUGGACUCAUCUCUGGGGCCCUUCUACAAUUAAGUGGCUUAUUAUCCUUGUCUUGCCGACAGCAGGAAAUGGUUGUAAGUUCCCUGCUCAUUGGGGCCUUACUGGCAUCACUCACAGGAGGAUUCCUGAUAGACAGAUAUGGGAGAAGAACUGCUAUCAUUUUGUCAUCUUGCUUACUUGGACUAGGCAGCUUGGUUCUGAUCCUGACUUUAUCCUAUCCAGUUCUUAUUGUAGGACGAUUUGCCAUAGGAAUUUCCAUAUCUCUGUCUUCCGUUGCUACCUGUGUCUAUAUUGCAGAGAUUGCUCCGCAGAACAGAAGAGGCCUUCUCGUAUCAUUGAAUGAACUUAUGAUUGUAAUUGGCAUUCUCCUUGCCUAUAUUUCAAAUUAUGCAUUUGCCAGUGUUUUCCAUGGUUGGAAGUAUAUGUUUGGCCUUGUUAUUCCACUGGGAGUUUUGCAGGCCAUCGCGAUGUACUUUCUUCCCCCCAGCCCUCGAUUCCUAGUGAUGAAAGGGUCUGAUGAAGCUGCUAGCAAAGUCCUAGAAAGACUAAGAGGCAUCUCAGAUACCACUGAAGAACUUAGUGCAAUAAAAUCUUCCUUGAAAGAUGAACACCAGUAUAGUUUCUGGGAUCUUUUUCGGUCAAAGGACAACAUGAGGACCAGAGUACUAAUAGGCCUCACAUUAGUUUUUUUUGUGCAAAUCACAGGACAACCAAACAUUUUAUUUUAUGCAUCAACUGUCUUAAAAUCUGUUGGGUUUCAGAGCAAUGAGGCAGCCAGCCUUGCCUCAACUGGAGUUGGAGUUGUCAAAGUAAUCAGCACAGUUCCAGCUACCCUUUUUGUGGACCGAGUGGGGAGCAAGACCUUUCUGUGCCUGGGCACCUCAGUGAUGGCAGCCUCCUUGGUGACUAUGGGUCUUGUGAAUCUUAAUAUCCCUAUCAAUUUUACCAGUAUCUGCAGAAAUAAUAUUCCUGUCAAUCACUCAUUAGAAGACUCGAAUUUUUUUGAACAAGAAAAUUUUCCAGUUAGCAACAACAGUCUAAAAGAACUAUUUAUAGGAAUCUCUCCAAACAGCAAGAGCUCACUAAUGUCAAUCAAAAGUGACACUGAAAGGCAAGGGGAGCUGACCAGGGCAUCUGUUUCCAGUGUUGAAACCUCUAGACCAAGCCCAACACAGCAUCACCAGGAAAUGGGCCCAGACGAAAUUCCAGAGUUUUUGAAAUGGCUCUCCUUGAUCAGCUUACUUUUUUAUGUCGCUGCUUUUUCCAUAGGUCUUGGACCAAUGCCCUGGCUGGUGCUGAGUGAAAUUUUUCCUGGUGGAAUUAGAGGAAGAGCAAUGGCUUUAACUUCUAUCAUGAACUGGGGCAUCAAUCUCCUUAUCUCACUGACGUUUUUGACUGUAACUGAACUUAUUGGUCUGCCAUGGGUGUGCUUUAUUUACACAAUAAUGAGUCUGGCAGCAUUGCUUUUUGUUAUUUUGUUUAUCCCGGAAACAAAGGGAUGCUCCUUGGAGCAAAUAUCAAAGGAACUGGCAAAAUCGAACUACGUGAAACACAACAUUUAUCUUAUGAGUCAUCAGAGAGAGAAGUUAGUGCCAACGGAGCUUCAAAAGACGAAACACCAAGAGCAGUUCUUAGAGUGCAAAAAGUUGUGCGGUCAAAGGGAAUCAAGGCAGCUCUUUCAGGAGAACUGAUGCCAUGCAAACACUAAUGAUAUUGAUUUGGUGUAAGGACACUUAGUAGUGUCUUUGUAAUAAUAUACUUUUUUUUUUUUAAUUUUGGUGGCCGAAGCUAAAGUUUUAAGGUAUUUCCUAAUCUGGUCAGAAGUUGCUUUAAAAAUCAGUUCUGAAUCUUAAGGUCCAACUAGGGAAAGAGGAAGUAGACAUUAUCAAACUACCUACCAUUCCCUAACAACCAGUUGAGAACUGGCCUGGGAAAGUGUGGUUGGGUUAUUGCUUUUCACUGUCCUGACUGAGCAAUUUAAGAAAGAAAAGGCCUUCUGCAAUCAAUCAUGUAACCACUCUACAACCCCAAAUAUAUAUAUAUAUAUAUAUAUAUUUUUUUUUCCCCCCAAGGCAUGAGGGAUGGAUUUCUAAAUAUGAUUUUACCACUAUAGGAACCUGCCUUGUGGAGUGGAUCUUUUUUUCUUUUUUGUAAGAGAAGACAGUCAAUUCUAUGGGUGCAGCUCAUCUUUCUUUGUUAGUUUAGAAAGGGUUGGAAUGCUAAUGGCUACAUUUUCAACUGGUUGUAUUUGCUGACCUGUAUCUAAUAAGCAUAGCAAAGGUUUUUAUAGUUGCUAUUAAAAUUCAUGUAGUAAUAUUAAAACUUUAAGUAUCCUACAAGUGGGCUUUUUGAACCCACGUGAAUAUAUUCCAGAUCCCAAUGCCUACAUAAAUAAGGAAUCAGUUCUGUAGUAGAUGAUAAUUAAUUUAUUUUUUAUUUUUGGCAGGGCAAUGAGGAUUAAGUGACUUGCCCAGGGUCACAUAGCUAGUAAAUGUCAAGUGUCCGAGGCCAGAUUUGAACUCAGGUCCUCCUGAAUCCUGGGCUGGUGCUUUAUCCACUGAGCCACCUAGCUGCCCCCGAUAAUGAAUUUUUAAACAUUUUUUCUUGUUAUAAGUGCGAUGCCAAGAGAAUUUGGAAAUAUGGGACCAUAUUUAGUUGCAACUCAUUGAAAACUUAUGAAAAGAUUCAUCAAAUCCAGAAGUUAGUCAGAUAUUAAUCAGUUAUCUUUAUUUUGUUGCCUUAAAUAAAAUAAACUUUCAAAACUUUCUCAUAUCAAGGCUUUCAAAACUGAAGUGCCUGGUAUCUCCAACUUCUUCACAAUUCUCAGGAAUUUCCUACCUCAGGCUAUAACCAAUAGGCCAUUAUAGUAGUUAACCUUCAUGCUGCUGCAGAUUGUGUCAAGUUAUGGAUGUUCAAAGAUUAGAUCACCUAACACACCUAUUUUGCUUGUACUAUACCCAAUAUAAGUGAACAAGGCAUAUAUAUAUUUCUAUCUAAAUUGUAAUGGAUCCAAUCCAGGAUUUGCUUUCUGUGCUGUAUUUCCAAAUAUUCUCCAAUUUAAAGACUUGGGCAAGGGUGCAUGGAAAACAUGGCAGAGUUUGAGAGAAGUAAAAAGCCACAACCACCAAAAAUUCAUGAUACCAAUAUAUAAACUGUAAUUAAGAGAUAGAGGAUGUAUAUCAGAACUUUGAAUCCUUAGUCAAUACAACUUGACGAAAAAUUCAAGCUACAAGUUCUUUUUUUUUUUUUAAGAGUGUACAAAAACCAGUGACCCUUUAAAAAAAAAAAGGACUUCUUUAUUUUGGAGUUUGAUUUGAUAACAAACCUCAAUCUCUCAUAUACCUUUACGUCAAAUUGGGGAAGAUACAAAUCUAGGAUAGCGACAAUAGCUCAAAUAACAGAGACAUGCUUUGAAUAAAAGAUACAAUGUAAGAAAUAAUUCUACCUAGACAAAAGCUACUAGGCACAUUACUGAGAUUUACCUGGAAACGACAAGGGAAAUAUGGAUAAUAAGAGAUAUAAGAAAGAUGCUAGGUGUUAGAAGCAUAGCAUAUUUCACAUGCAGGUUCUAGCUUUAAAGGAUGACCACUUUAAAGAUAAGUUUAUUGCAAUCCUUGGUGUUCUACCAAAGCUUUAAAAUUAAGAUACACUGUGGAUGGAAAGUAAAUGUCAGGCUUAGUUUUUAUUUUAUUUUUUUAAAUAAGCUUCUCAGGUAUUCCCUGAAAUGGUUCAAAUAACCCACUCCAUUAUAGCUUAUGAGCACUCAUGAUCAACAGAUGCUUGCAAACCUUGUUGGUUAUUGCUGGUGAUACCAGUAUCAAAAAACUAUUAAUUCUAAUUUCCAAUUAAAUGUUUACCCAUUCUCACAUCAGAACUCCUGUUUUCCAAGAAUAGGGAGAAUUGUGGAUGAGGAUAUAUUUUUAUUACUCUUCCCCCAGUAUAACUGUGUGUGUGUGUGUGUGUGUGUGACAUAUGUUUUAUAGCUAUUUCUCUCUUAGCAUAUAUCCAUUUGUUGCUCUUACCCUAUUGGGUUGUAAUCUAACACUACCUAAUGAUACUGAUUCAGCUCUAUAUAAACAAUCUCUAUCCUUUCAGCACCACCUUCCCUCCCCCCAAUUUAAAAACCAAAUGUACCAUUUGAGAAAGUACUAAUCAAGCUGGUUUAACCAUCAUUGAAAAUCUUAAGAGAUUUGAGUCUAAUCCUUGGGUUUAGUCAUAUUUUUUUUCUUUUCCUGGUUUUAAAAUAAUUUCUAAAAAUAUAAUUGUUCCAUAUGCACUUCUUUCCUUAUUGCUCCCUUGUUUAUUAACAGCUUAGAACUGGAAGCUCAUUAAAACCAAUGCUCAAACUAAUAAUACAGAAUUUGUACUUUUGUUCAUCCAUUUUGAUUCUUUACAUUAGAUAAACUAUUGAACUUUAAAACGAAUUAAAUAUAGAAGAAAAACUAUUAAUGAGAACAUUAAAAUAACCUACAAAUUCAGAAUAAUUUCAAAGUCAGGCUUAUUACCCAAGACAAACCUCCACAAGAAAGAAUUUUAUUUUGAAGUCAGCCUUUUCACUUCUUAUAGGGUAAUCAGGAUGGAGAAUGAUAAGGACGAGGGGAAAAAGAGGGCACAUAGAACAUGUAACAUUUGUACAAAAUUGUACAAUUUAUCCUAAUUUAGCAUUCUAUAAUAUACAGGAAAAGUUA